UGGAAUGCAUUGCUUAUUUUUAGAUAUUUUGUUUUGACGAGCAAGCAUCAUGAAGGUUUUACCAACUGGGGAUCCAAUGUUUCCUGGAAUUGGAAUUCAGAAGAUGUUGGACCUCACAGGAAUCUUAUUGGUGUGUGCACUACAUUGUUAUUUUACUCUGUCUAACAACGGGCAGUUUUAAUUGUCAUUAGGAGAAUGUGUUGGGCGUCGUCAAUUGACUUGUGACCAGACAAUCAACGCUUCCAGAAAGUACAUCACCUUCGCUACAGAGCCGUGUUUUCAUGACUCCAGGCACUGACUAACGUCACAUACACCAUUUAAGCGAGGCUUUAUAGCUAAAGUGACAUACUUUCACGAAGGGUGUAUUGUGUGAUUAUUUUGUUCCGUUGUGAAAUUUAUUACUAAUAUAUAUUAUGCAUUGGUAGGUGAUUUGGCAAAGUCCAUCAGAGCUCGGACCAAUAUCACAUUUGGUCUUUAUCAUUCAUUGUAUGAAUGGUUUAAUCCUUUGUAUUUGAAAGACAAAGCAAAUGGCUUCAAAACUCGUGUUUAUAUCGCAGUAAGUAUGAUUUUGUUACCAUCAUCACCACCAUUGCAAUCACCACCAACACUUCUGUUACCAUCAUCAUCACCACUGCUUCCACCAUCAUUACCAUCACCACCAUCAACAUCACUACAACCACCAACACCAUCACAACCAUCAUUAUCACCAUAACCAUCAUCACGACCAUGACCAUCAUCACAACUACCACCACCAUCAUUCCUACCACCAUUAUCACCAUACCAUUAUCAUUAUCCCACUAUUGCUAUCACCAGCAUCUUCAUCACCGCCAUCUUCAUCACCACCAUCUUCAUCACCACCACCAUCUUCAUCACCACCACCAUCUUCAUCACCACCACCAUCACCACCACCAUCAUCACCACCAUCUUCAUCACCAUCUUCAUCAUCACCACCACCAUCAUCACCACCAUCACCACCAUCAUCACCACCAUCAUCAUUACCACCAUCACCACCACCAUCUUCAUCCCACAUCAUCACCACCAUCUUCAUCACCAUCUUCAUCAUCACCACCACCAUCAUCACCACCAUCUCCACCAUCACCACCAUCAUCACCACCAUCAUCAUUACCUCAUCAUCACCACCAUCUUCAUCACCACCACCAUCUUCAUCACCACCACCAUCUUCAUCAUCACCACCAUCUUCAUCAUCACCACCAUCAUCAUCACCACCACCAUCAUUACCAUCAUCAUUACCACCAUCAUCAUUACCACCAUCAUCAUCACCACCAUUUUCACCAUCAUCACCAUUAUCAUCAUUAUAAUUACCACCAUCUCCAUCACUUAACCAUCACUACUACCGUUAUCACCAUCAUUAUCACCAUCAUCACCUGUGAUCAUCACCAUUAUCAUCAUUAUAAUUACCACCACUCCAUCACUUAACCAUCACUACUACCGUUAUCACCAUCAUUAUCACCAUCAUCACCUGUGAUCAUCACCACCACCACCAGCAUCAUCACCACCAUCACCACCAUCAUCACCACCAUCACCCCCAUCAUCACCACCAUCAUCACCAUCAUCAUCAUCACCAUCAUCAUCAUCACCAUCAUCACCACCAUCAUCACCACCACCAUCAUCACCAUCACCAACAUCACUACCAUCACCACCACCAAACCACCACCAGCAUCAUCAUCACCAUCAUGACAAUACAGUUUAUUGCUUUUUAAGAAUAUUCUAAUGCCUGAACUGUAUGACAUGGUAAACAGAUUCAAACCAGAAUAUAUUUGGUCAGAUGGAGAUUGGGAGGCGAAGGACACAUACUGGGGAAGUACAGAGUUUCUGGCUUGGCUUUACAAUGACAGGUGAGGUUUGAGGAUAGCCCUGAUUAUGCAUGUUAAAGCUUAACCAUACUGUUAAGGGUGUGUACUAAUCAUCCUUACUUGCACCUGAUCACUGACUCGAAGGCUUUCUAAGGGCGCCUCUGGCAGACACCUUAUGACUCAUGUCUGACCUUAUCCCAACCAACUCUCUCAACAUUCCCUGUGGGAGGAACCAGAGUACCCAGAGAAAACCCACGACUUUCGGGAGAGUGUCGACUGACUCUUUUCACAUAAGUAUUACGAGUCGAUCCGCAGUCACCGAAGCCCCUAAGUUGCAAUUGUGCCUUACAUUGUUUGCUUGCUCUUCUUACAGUCCAGUCAAAGACACAGUUGUGGUGAAUGAUCGUUGGGGUGAUAACUGCAGGUGUCGUCAUGGCGGGUCUUAUACUUGUGCUGAUAGAUAUGACCCAGGUACAGCGGUACACCGGUAUAUAUAGAGGAUAUUACGCGGCGGCGCGAAGAUAUGACUUUUAUCUUCGAGUGGUGAAAACAAUAUUUACGAACGAGCGCAACGAGUGAGUAAAAUAUUGUUUUUAACACAAGAAGAUAAAGUCAUAUCUUCGUGCCGCCAUGUAAUGUUCUGUUUAUUGUAUAGUCCCAAGCAAAAAAUUGUGAAAUUUCACGCUCAAAAGCAAAUUGGAAAAAGUUACGUGAUCGAUAUAGUGAAGAUAGUCACUAGUGAAGAUACUGAAAAUAUCUCGCUGUGUAUUUUUCAGUAUCUCACUCUCUACUAUAUAAUAAAUUAUAUAGAGAAUAAUACAUGGGUGCGCGGAAAUACCAGAUUUAUUUCUAGUGUUGAACAUGGUAUCUCGCGAUAAUUUUUACAGAAAAGCGAUAAUUGAAAAGCGAUAAUUUUCACAUGUGAGAUUAUCAUAAAUAAUCUCACAUGUGAGAUUAUCACUUUUAUCAUUGCUCGAAAUCUCUAUAAAGCACUAUACUUUAUAUAAUAAAUUAAUUUUACUGAUAUACCAUAAUGCUACAUCCAAACAUGGCAUCCAUUGUUUCACGCAUUCAAAAUUGUUCACUCAGGUAUAUUGCAGAAACACAAGUGGGAGAAUGCAAUGACAGUGGAUAAAAAGUCUUGGGGAUUUCGACGUGAGGCCAAGCUAGAAGAUUUUCUUACCAUUCAUGAACUGAUUUCAGAACUUGCUGAAACUGUGAGGUAUAUAUACUACUAAAUACACUACUAAAUUGUUUCAAAACGUCACUUUCACCGUUUGAGAACAGUUUCUAAACGGAGCGAGAUUAGCAGGCUAGAGCGAGAUGAAAACGGAGCGCCUGGAGCAGCCCUUCAGAUAUCCGUUUGAAGUCCUGGUCUAAUAAUGAUUUGGGUAUGGCCAAUACUGUUUUGCUCUACUGAGGCUCUGGUUAUUAAUUGAUUUGCGAAAUGAGUAUGCGAAGAAUGGAAAGUCGAAGCUUCAAGGUCGCUGUGAGUUGAGUGGUGGGCAAAGGCUUGCGAGCUUCGUCUAUUUGGUAUAUUGUCCUAGUGCAAGACCGGGCUAAAAAUUUCAGCUUGUCAUGUCUGCAAGUACCAGCGAAUUACACACAGCCUCUGGCGAAUGGCUGUCAAAUGGUUUCUUAGCGCUGCCGAAAUUCGCCGUUCGCCGGCCUAAAACAAGCGGCUUGGCGGUUUCGUGUGUAGCGGCGCUACCUGCAAGUUCCUCGGAAGCUAACUGCAAUCCUUGGUCAGAAGGUCUUAUACAUGCUUAAGUAAAGUAGAAAAUUUCAAUUCUCACACACAGCUGAGGGAUGCUGCACACGCAAGGCAGCCAGACCUUUAAUCAACAAAAAUUUCUCAUAUUUACAAUAAACAGAUCCGUACAAACUGCAAUUCACUAAUUAUCACGUGUUAGACUAGACCCAAUUCUAGUUAGCACACUACUGCAACUGCAUAAUAACUUAGGCACUACCUGCCAAUAGGGUGGGUGGGUGGGACACAGGUCAGGCUAGCACGAGGCAAGCAAAAAAGUGACUCUGAUGACCUUGACCCCACCCUUGACCCAAUCCCCCAGCAGUGUGAGAAAAACAUUUUCUGCCUCUUUCGUUCCUCAGCCAGCAGAAAAUAACACUUUUUCCGAAUACAUUUUGCAAAAUGUUAGUGACCAGAUUUAAUAAGAGUCGUACUCAAGAGGCAUGUGUACAGAAACGCCGUUCCUUUUUUUUGAACCGUUUCCAAACCAAGCACCUCAGGUCUCAAAGCAGUAAACUUGAAUGCUUUUCGUUUAAAUUUCUUUGCUCUAUUUGAAAUAUUUUGGGUUUACAUGAGUGUUAAUUUAAUUUGUAAACAAAAUGUGAUGCGUAGUUUGAACACACGUAAUUCUGCCGACAUUAUUUCGCUCCCGUGUAAUGAGUCUGAGCUUUACUGAAAUAUAAAUCACUUUGCAACAGUUGUGGCGGUAAUCUGUUAAUGAAUGUCGGACCUACCCACGAUGGUCGUAUAGUACCAAUAUUUCAAGAAAGACUCACACAGAUGGGAGAUUGGUUGAAAGUGAACGGUGAAGCUAUUUACGCGUCAAAACCAUGGCGGGUGCAGAACGAAACAAAAACUGAAGGAAUAUGGUAAGAAUACUACACACGUCAAAAUCUCACAACUUGUCAACAAGAUGUGUUCUCAAAAGGCUUGUAGCAAGCUUGUCAACAAGAUGUGUUCACGACUGCAGGCUUGUACCAAAUUUGUCAACAAGUUGUAAAGCCUGGUUCACAUAUAUGCCUGCGACGUACCGGCGACGAUGCCGGUGGUAGCUUAAAACGUAAAUUAUGUGAACAUUUGUUCGCCGAUUGCCUCCAGUGCCACAGUUACAUCGGCGGUAGGCCGGGAAAGUUGACUUGAGUUCAACUUUGCCGGUAUUUCGGCGGCAAGUAGAGGCAUAAUCAUACAGUCGCAGGCAUGCCGCAGGCAUAUGUGAACCAGGCUUAACAAUGCUGUUAUUUUAUCAAGUUGCUACAAAGUUGCCACUUACAACCUUUUGAGAAAUUGUUGAAUUGCAGGCGAUAACAAGUUGUUGGAACAACUUGUAACAAGUCUGUGGAGCUCAACAACCUCGUAGCAAGUUGUCAACAAGCUGGGAACAAGCAGUGCGAACACAUCCUGUUGACAAGUUGUUGGAACAGCAUUGCUACAAGUCUGCUGCAGGUUUGUUAAAACUUGUGCGUUUUUACGUGUGUAUAUUACUGUCAAAUGUUCUCCCCCCAAGGUACACAUCAAAAGACGACGUUGUUUAUGCCAUCGUGCUACAGUGGCCACGUAGUAACACAUUGGAGUUAAUGGCGCCUGUUGCAGACCCUGAUCAUACGAAGGUGGCUAUGUUAGGGUUAAAUAUGGAUAUAGAAUGGAAACAAGGGACAGGAGGGAAAGGUAUGGUUAUACAAAUGCCUCAGGUACCUGUCACGAAGCUCCCGUCUGAUUGGGCCUGGGUUUUGAAACUGGCAAAUGUCGAGUAAUGUUUGGGAGUCUACAGCAGUAACAAUAGACUAAUCUUAAUUCUUAGUUGUAACUAAUUAUGUGGUAUUUACACUCUAAGUUUCUGUGAUCACAAUUGGAAUUUUGCAUUGGUAAUUUGUAAGUUUUGAAGGUUUGGUAAGAAAUGUUUGAGGGAACUGACAUAGUGUUAAACAAUAAGUCAGUUUCCUCAAACAUUUCUUACAUUUAUACCCAUGCAAAAUUCCUACUGUGAUCACAGAAACUUUGAUAGUGUAUACCAGGUUCAAUCACAGCACGGUAUUUAGAGUAUAACUCAGUAAAGAUCAACACAGUCAUGAAUCUAAACUAAUCAAAAGGCACGAUAUCUGUAUUUAAUAGUUCAGAAUAUAUACUAUAGUUCAAACACAGCACGAUCUAACUAGGAAUGUUAUAAAAUAAUUGUUUUUAUGAAUAAU